AUGAGAACUGCUCUACUUCUUCUUGCGAUCAUUUCAACAGUGGCCUGUGAAACCUCUGAGGAAUCGUUGCAUAUCGCGGAACCUCUCAAUGGAUGGAUGCGAGGUAUCCGGAUUACGAUACCGCAUGUGAAGAAAGAUGAGGAGAAGGAAACACACAUUAUCACGCCUAAGAUAACUUCAGGAAGGGAGGAGAAGGAAACAUUUAUCAUCAAGCCUACGAGACCUUUACAAAAGAACGAGAAGGAUGCCUUCGAAGGAAUGCCGCUUAGAGGAUCGUUAUGGAGAGCGUUGAAAAAGAUGUCUUCAUUGAAGAGAGAUCUUGUCAAGGCAAAAUGGGAGAUACUCGGCAGAUUGCGUGCAAACGAAGCUCAAAUUACUGAGAUUCAUGAUUUGCUAGAAAAUGCCAUGAAGAAGGUUGCAGAAAUGCCUCUCAAUAGAUGGGUCGAACCAUACCGUGCUGCAGAAAAGAAACGAAGGAAAGGAUUCAAGCGAAGAGAAGGAGACGAGCUUCAAUUGAUGCUCUUCCGGCUCGUUCUACAAGCGAACAACACGAUUUGCCCAAUUGAAGUUAUUGAGCGGGCCAAUAAAGCAUUCUGA